AAUUGCUCCGCUCGAGCAGGCUCCCACAGGCCGUGCGUUGGGCUACCAAGGUAAAUUUUCCCUGCUACAGUACCAGAAACUUGUCGGCCGGCUUCGGGACCAGAAACUAAAGGGACAUUCGUCUAGCGCGCGUUCAGGCCGCGCUCGCUCUCCUUGACGACUCGGAGCAACCCCACCACACCUCUCAACCGGUCCUUGGCCCUGGAAUCGCAAUGACCACAAUCGGCACUCUCCAACGGCUCUCGGCAGCCUCUCUCUCCAAACUCCUGCUCGCUGCCCAAGAGGCAACAGCAGCAGGAGACCCCACCAUCGCCGUGAUCGAUGUGCGCGAUGACGACUACAUAGGCGGCCACAUCAAGGGCUCGGUCAACGUGCCCUCGCGCACGCUCGACGCCAUGCUGCCCACCCUGGUCCGGCAGCUGCAGGACAAGGAGACGGUCGUGUUCCACUGCGCCCUGUCGCAACAGCGCGGGCCGGCCGCCGCGCUGCGCUACAUCCGGGAGCGCGAGCGCAUCCUGUCCGCCAACAAGAAGGCGGCGCGCCCGGAGACUGACGGCGCUGGUGCUGACCCCGGCGAGGGUGCUGCUGCCAAGGAGCAGAAGGUCUUUGUGCUUGAUCGUGGAUUCGUCGGUUGGCAGGAGGCGUAUGGGACGGACGAGCGGCUGACCGAGGACUAUCGGAAGGAGUUGUGGGAAGGUGGAUAUUAGGGGUAGGGUUUCGUCGCGUGCCUGGGAUCGGAUGUCUCCGCUCGCUUGGAUGGCUCGGCGAUGGUGCGCGAUCCUUGCUUCGUACCCGACCUCGCAAUCACGGGGCAGCAAAAACAUGCGCCAGUGGUGAUUUGGGAUGAGAAGUAACCCGGCUCGUCUGGGUGUGUUUUAUUCCUUACGCGCUUUGCAGAGUCGGCGCGGUACGUGCGACUCCUGCCUCUGGCUGCGCGCAUAACGUCAGCUAUCUCUCCACCACUCGCCCCGGCAACUGAGCCAACAACGCUCUCUGGAUCAUGAACUCCAGAGGGUCGCCAUUCUCA